AUGGUGUGGUCGCUGCUUGGAACCGUCCUUGCCGCGAGCUCUGCUCUGCUCUACUUCUUAUACCGGCACACUGUACCAGCGGGUGCUGCUUCGCGCUGGCUCGGACCGCUCCAUUUUACUAUCCCGAUACUCUCACCGUUCGCCUCCGUGAUCGAGCACGAGACCUCGGUCGUCAACGUCCAGCUCGUCGCUGUACUUCUUUUCGCAGCAGCCAGCUUCGCGUUCCUCUGGUUCCGCUGCGGGCGCCGCUGA